AUGUCCGACACAAUCAGCAACGUCCGCGCGCGGUUCGAGCUCACCGGCCGCACCUACAUUGUCACCGGCGGCGCGCAGGGCAUCGGCUUCGCUCUGUCACGCGCCAUUUGCGAAAUGGGCGGCCACAUCGCCGUCUGGGACAUUCAGCCCAAGCCCGUUGCCGAAUUCGACACGUUACAUGCGCAGUUUGGCGCCAAGACGCUGUAUAUCCAGACCGACGUGACCCAGCAGGACAGCCUCGAGGCUGCGUUUGCAAAGACGCUGGCCGAGUUUGGCACCAUCGACGGUUGCGUGCCCGCGGCCGGCAUCGCCAUUGAUAAACCCUUUGUGGACCAGACCUGGGACGAAUUCAACCGCAUCCAGGAGAUUAAUGUCCGCGGAACAUUCUUCACCGUGCAAUUGGUCGCCAAGGAACUCAUCAAGCAAAAGAAACCAGGCAGCAUCCUUCUCAUCGCCAGCCAGUCGGCGCACAUUGCCCUGCCGGGGUACCGCAUGGCCGCCUACAACGCUUCCAAGGGCGGGGUGCUGAUGCUGGCCAGGGUGCUCGGCGUCGAGCUCGCGCCGCACGGCAUCCGCGUCAACACCAUCUCGCCGGGCUUUGUCGACUCAGAGAUGACGAGAAACGUGCGCGCGACAAAGAGCGGGCGCGAGGGCGAGCAGAUGUGGCGCGCGCCGCCCAACCAGCGUCUGAGCCGCCAGGACGACCUCACCGGCGCCGCGGUUUACCUGCUGAGCGACGCGUCGGUGCAUACGACGGCCGCAGAUAUUGCCAUUACGGGCGGAUUGCACGCAGGGACGAUCGAUGGCCUGAUUUCGUACGAGUGA